AUGGUUGUGUUGAGGAAACAACCGAGUUCGAGGACACCCAGCAUGAGCCGUCAAGAGGCUGAGGAUGUGCUGAUGAAGGAUGAGGAGCACGAAACGCCUGAAGAGUAUGCAAGGGAGGAGUGGUCCAAGUUUGUACGAGUGGUGCAGGAAGCGAGAGAAAGGGCGGUGUCAGUACUAAGUAACGCAAAGUUGACCAAGCAAAUCAGGACAGAGCUAGAAGAAGGAUGGAAUCAAGUGAAGGAGGCAGUGGAAGACCUAGAAAGGAGGGUACUCUGUGACUCCAUGGUGCCUGAGGGGCUAAUGAGAGAGAUCAUAGCUACCCUCGCACAAAGGGUAAUUGAAUCAGAACAGGAGUGGAGAGAGUACGUAAGAACUGUAGAGAAGGAUGGAGAGCUGAUUAACGAGUUAUGCAAACAUUUAGAUACCGAUGUUUUCCAGCUGAAAAGGACAGUGGAUCGAGAUGCGGCAAGGCCACCAAUGUGGAUGAGCAGGCACUGCUGCCGGGUAGGAGAGGCCUUAUUCGACUGGUCGGAAAUCUGCGCACAAUUGGCAGACACCUGGAAGGAAUCCACUAUCGACGGAUCCUGCUCACGAGGAAGCAGGUAUGGCAAACUUCACUUCCUAAACUACCUAAGGGCCAUGACAUGUGCUGACCCGGGGGUAUUCAAAGGGAGCAAAUAUGAAAAUUUCUCGGAGUUCCUAAGGAAGUUUAGAAGGAAGUAUGAGGCAGUAAUCUCAAGCGAGGAAACGCUAGUCGAGAUACUGGCAGAUGACCAUUUAGCCGGCGGGCUAAAAAUGUUUUCAUGUCUCUUCCGCGCUCAGUAA